AUGUCCUCGACGCUUCCACCAGAGUUACUCAACUGGCUCUACUCAGUUCUCCAGGUGGAAUACGUGGACCCGGUCCAGACCUACCGGCAGUCGGCGCAGCUUCUCGCAUUCUGUGCCACUUUGCGCCCGCGCACUAAGGUGUUUACCGCCGAAAACGGUAUCCCGCAGUUGCUCCUCAACGUCUUUGGCACGGUGCCGGCGAAUAUUGGCAACCAGGUCUACCACAUUCCGGUGGACAUGUGGUUUCCACUCCAGUUUCCCGUGGAGCCGCCGUUUGUGUACGUCUCUCCGACUCCCGAAAUGCUGAUCAAGCCAGGAAACUUUGUGGACUCUAACGGGCGGUUCUACAACCCGUAUUUGACCUACUGG